CAACCACCACCACCCCCCCAACAACUGUCAAGAACCUCCUCAACCAUCAUGGCCAGGCCAACUCGCCGAUCAACGAGGACACCAACAACCGAAGCAGCCAAUGAACCACCACCACCCACAACCACUACUAAAAAACCCAAAGAAUCAACCACUUUGCCCCGUUCACGGUCGACUAGAUCUCUUCGAUCCCAGGAACCAUCAACUACUAAUGAGGAUAAUGAAACCAAAAACAAUUCAGGGAAACGAGUCAAGAAAACACGCGCAACCAGCUCAAAUCCUGAUCCUCCGCAACCUGCAAAGCGACAGCGGCGAUCCACACAUACUAGAAGUAGAUCAAGAGCGAGAAGUAUAACGCCUGAUGAGGAGGAAGAAGCAGAAGAUGUAGUUGUAAAGACAGAGGAUCCGACCAAUGAGGAAGAGGAAAAAGAAGAAGGAGGUGGCGAAGUAGAAGAAGAAAAAGAAGAAGAAGAAACCGAAGAAACCGAAGAAAUAGAAAAAAACAAACAAGAAACGGAGCAGGAACCAGUCGAACAAGAAAACGAACAGGAAGAAACGGACAAAGAAGCUGAAACAGAAGGUGAACUGAAUGAUCAUCAAGCUGGAAAUGAAAAAGAAAGUGAUGCUGCCGAGCGUAACGAGGGACCGGGGCAAACUGAUGACGAACAGCUCGAAUCUGGGAAUAAAGAAAACGAACCCCCUAGCACGAUGUCCAGGGUCAACUCACAUGGGCGUACUGAAGAACAGGAGCGAAAUGAGACUGAUUUAAUAGACUCUGGGGAUAAAGAAAAAGACUCUCUUCCCACACCAAACCCCGUCGCCCAAACACCGGUUCAACCAGUCACACCACCCAAAUCACCUCCUGCGAGACGCAGGCCGCUGACACCCAUGAAGUUAGCCCUAGAAGAUUUGAAUCGGGCAGGCGAACCACGGCUUGUGAUCGACAGAAUCGUACUGGUCAACUUCAAAAGUUACGCUGGCAGACAAGUUAUUGGGCCAUUCCAUAAGUCCUUUUCAGCUAUUGUUGGUCCAAACGGCUCCGGGAAAUCCAAUACCAUCGACGCAUUAUUAUUCGUGUUUGGUUUUAAAGCCACAAAGAUGCGCCAAGGAAAACUAUCGGAAUUAAUCCACAAUUCAUCAGCAUCUCCCCCCGGUGGCUUUGAAAGCUGCUCGGUAGAAGUAUGGUUCAAGACGAUCGUUGACUUGGAUGGUCCCGAUGAAUUUAAUGUUAUCCCGAAUUCCAAAUUGGUCGUGGCACGUAUAGCUACCCGGAACAAUACGUCCAAGUAUACGAUCGACGGCAAGGUUUCCAAUUUCGCAGAGGUGACAACUUUGUUGAAGGCGAAAGGCAUCGACCUUGAUCAUAAACGAUUUCUGAUCUUACAAGGAGAAGUAGAAUCGAUUGCACAAAUGAAACCAAAAGCUACGACGGCCCACGAUGAAGGCCUCCUGGAAUACUUAGAAGACAUCAUUGGCACCAACAGGUUUAAAGAGCCAAUCGAGCAAACUCAACAGACUUUGGAAGAGGUUGCUAAUAAACGCUCUCAGCAAUUGGAACGUGUCAAGCUCGUCGAACGGGAAAAGGUGGCUCUUGGGGCACGUAAAAAGGUCGCAGACGAAUAUCUUGCGAGGAUGAACACCCUUGUACAGCAGCAAAACCUCCUGUGGCAGUUUUACAUCCAUACGGGACAGACCAAUCUCGAAAAGAUAGGAUGUUCGAUGAACGCAAUCGAUAACCAGGUUAAAGAAAAUGAGGAGGCACAUGCGGGAGAUCUACAAGAGAAUGAAGCGUUGAGAGUCGAGCUGGAACAAGAGGAGGGAAAGUACAAAGAAGUUGAGGUUGAAACAGAUGCCUUGGUAAAAGAGCUGGGUCGCAAAGAGCGAGAGCUAGUCUCUCUUACCGAGAAGAUGAAGCAUGGGAAGACCAAGCAGAAGAAACUGAAAAAAAGCAUUGCCGAGGACGAGCACAUCUUGAAAGAAGCUGCUGCGACAAUCCGUGACGGGCAAGAGGAAAUUGAGACACUCAAGGUAGAAGUAGAGUCUAAAGAGAAAUUAAUCGAGAAAGAAGAAGUACAGCUGGAUCAGAUACGAGAUUCCCUGAAAGAUAAAACGCAGGUCUUUGCUGACCAAAUCGAGAUCAAGCAAGCCGAACUAGCACCAUGGGCGGCUCAAGUCACCAGUAAAAAGGCAGCGCUCGACUUGGCAACAAGUGAAAGAGAUCUUCUCUUGAAGAAGGCCACUGAUUUCAGCUCUGCCCUCGCUUCUGCCCAAGAGACGGUCACUAGAAUCGACGAGGAAACCAAGGCCAAAAAAUUCGAAUUGAAACAAUUGAAACAAGAGCAUGCUGAGUACCAGGAGGGGAUCAACGGGGCUUUAACAGAACUCAAGAAAUUGGAUAAUGAAGAAGCAAAAUUAAGGACGAAGCUCACAACGGCCCGACAGAAAGCUGAUGAGGCAAAAACCACACGUACAACAAAUACAUCCAAAAACGAGGUACUGAAGAGUCUUUCUAAACUUCAUAAGCAAGGUCGACUGCCGGGGUUCUCCGGCCGACUAGGUGAUCUAGGUCGGAUCGAUGAUAUGUAUGAUGUCGCGAUCUCUACUGCGUGUCCCCAGCUCGAUAAUCUGGUAUGCGAUACCGUUGAUACUGGGCAGCAAUGCCUAGCACAUCUCAAAAAAACCAAUGCUGGCCGCGCCGUGAUCAUUUGCCUUGAUGCAUUAAAAACCGCUGCGCCUGCGGCUGCUCCUGCUACACCCGAAGGUGCACCGAGACUAGUGGAUCUGGUGACCGCCAAGGAUCCGAAUUUCAAAGCUGCCUUCUACCAUGUUCUUCGGGAUACUUUGGUAGCUAAGGAUCUGACACAGGCUAAUCGGAUCGCUUUUGGAAACGGAUCUGGAAAACGAUGGCGAGUUGUCACGCUGGAUGGAAAGUUGAUCGAUAGCUCUGGCACGAUGUCUGGCGGAGGUACACGGGUCGCGCGUGGUUUAAUGAGCUCAAAGAUGACGAGCAAUGAUACAGAAAUCACCGAGGAAGUCGUCGCACGCCUUGAAAAGGAUACUGCCCUUGCCGAAGCGGAGAUCGCAAAGCAUAGCGGAAACCGAUCCGAGAUCCAGACUGAAUUGAGGCGACUCCAAUCUGAACUACCUAAGAUGGAGAUGCGAAUCACGAAGCUAGAGAUGGAUGUUAGUGGGGCUACAAAGCGAAAAGAAGAAGCAAAGAAAACAAUCUUGGAGCUUGGAUCGGAAGUUCGAGCAGGAUCAAGCGAUGACGCAGAAGUCAAACAUCUGGAAUCAGUCAUGGAGAAACUCGAGGCUGAACUCGAGGAACUCCGAAGGAAAACUGGAAAGAUUGAACAGAGCAUCAAAGACUUGCAAGAAAAGAUCCUCGAGGUUGGUGGAGUUAAGCUUCGAACCCAGCAAGCCAAAGUGAAGGAUCUCAAAGCAAUGGUGGAGCAUGCAAACAACCGUCUGACGAAGGCCGAGGUUGGAAGGGCCAAGGCCGAAAGAGAUACCAGCAAGCAUGAGAAAACUUUACAGAAAUCGACAGCUGAACUGGAAGCACUGGAAGGUGAACUUUCCGAACUGGAAGAGAAGGUGAAUAGCAACAGCUCAGAGACGGAAGCGAUGAAGGAUACAGUCGAUCAAGCGCGAAUGGCGUUGGAAGAGCAAAAAGAGCGCCUUCAGGAUAUUCAAGAAAGACGGAAAGAAAAAUUGAAGAUUAUGAACGUGUUCCAGUUGAAGCAGACUGAGUUGAAGCAACAGAGAGAAAAAAUGGAAGGCGCACUAGCUCAAUCAGCUGCUAACGUAAAACAUUGGACUGAAAAACAAGCCAGUUUGAAAUUAAACGUGAUAGAAGACGACGAAGAUGAUGAAGAAGAGUUAGAGCGACGAGAAGCCGCACAAGUUUUAAAACAAUUCUCUGCUGCCGAUUUCGAGGAUUUCGAUGCUGAAUUGACUAAGGCUGAGGUAGCUAAACUAGAGGAGGAUCAGGAACGAGCAUCUCCGGAUUUGGGCGUCUUGAAAGAGUAUGCUCAGAGAGAGGCGGAAUUCAUGGCACGCGCUGCGGAUCUUGAAGCAACGACGAGAGCACGAGAUGAGGCUAAGCAAUUACUUGAAGAUCUUAAUCAACAACGCCUGGAAGAGUUCAUGUGGGGGUUUCAAAUUAUUAGUGGGAAAUUAAAAGAAAUGUACCAAAUGAUCACACUGGGGGGAAACGCUGAACUGGAAUUGGUUGACAGUCUGGAUCCAUUCAGUGAAGGCAUUAUUUUCAGUGUUAUGCCACCCAAGAAGUCUUGGAAAAAUAUAUCAAAUUUGAGUGGCGGCGAAAAGACGUUGAGUUCUUUGGCAUUAGUUUUCGCUUUACACGCCUUCAAACCUACACCUCUAUACUUCAUGGAUGAAAUUGAUGCUGCACUCGAUUUUAGAAACGUCUCGAUAAUCGGAAAUUAUAUAAAGGACAGAACAAAAAAUGCACAAUUCAUCAUUAUUUCAUUGAGAAACAACAUGUUUGAAUUAUCACGUCGCUUGGUAGGAAUAUAUAAAACAAGUAACUGCACAAAGAGUAUUGCAGUUGAUAAUACAGAAUUGAAUGAAGUCCCAAGUUGAAUCGUAGAACUCUCUUCUUUCCAUCAGCUGUAUAAACAUUUUGUAUAUCGAUUCCAUUCCCACCCCAAAAAUG